AUCUUAUACUAGAUUAUUGCCAAAAAUUAAUAGAAAAUUUGGUUAUCCCUGGGAAAUGAUGCCACUUAUGUAUGUGAUACUUAAGGAUGCUGGUGUAGAUAUCGAUGAGGCUUCAAAACGUAUUGAAGAAGGCAUACAAGUCUUAAAACAAUACAAUUUAAAUAUUUACGAUGGUAAUGAGUUACGUAAGCUCAAAACUGAAAGGCGUUACGAAAACCAUCUUGCCCGAUCUGAAUGUGAUGAAACUAUCAAACAAAUAAGACUAAAGGAGGCUACCGAACAAUUAAAUCAACUAACACAAACCUACUAUAAUUAUCAACGUUAUGGCACCCUACCGCCAGCAUAUUGGGCUUAUCCAUCCAUACAAUUGGGUCGAACCAUUUGGACUGAAUUACCAACUCCCCAUUUUGCUGCCAUUAUACCACCACAUUCAGCACCAACACCCGAAGAACCUCUAACCCUAAGUCGAGCAUCAACGAGUCCGUCCAAAAUCAGUCGAUCGGGUAGUAGUAGUAUAUGUGGUGAAUCGAUAACGGCUACCUCAACACCAACGCCAACAACAACAACCACACCAGCCGCUGGAGUUAUAGCCGCAGCAGCAGCAGCGGCAGCUGCCGCCGCAGCUACGUAGCAAUAUCAACAGGGCAGUGAUGUAAAUAAUACAACAGCAGCUGCUGUAGCAGCGGCGGCAGCUACAGCCGUUUUACAUGUGGAUGAUUAAUUUAUUAAAUGCUUUACGUGUGUUUUUGUGGAUGUAAAUAAACGAACGGGUCUAUUAUUUUUUACACAAAAUUGUUAAUAAACUAAAAUGAGGCACCUUUCAACGUUGAACUUCUCCUAUAAAAAAAUAAUUGCAACAUACUAGAUUUAAAAUAAAAUAAAAACAAAAAAAAAUAAAUAAAUACCUAUAAUUAUUACUUUGUUUAUAAAUACAGGUAUAAAGGAAAAUUAAACCAAAUAAGGUUAUAGCCACAUAAAGAAAUUAUUUAAUUUUUAAUAAAUUUUAAUUAAUAUAAAAAUAAACUUAAAACUUGAAAAAAUAAAUCAUAAAACAUAUAAAUUGCAAAUUAUAUUACAUAUUGAAAAUUAACUAUUUAUACAGUAGAGAGCAAAAAUAAAUUAGUUUAAACUAAACAGAAACUAAAGUCAUUAAUUAAUUUUGUUUUUAGUGAAAAAGUAGAAAACUAAAGGCAAAAUUUAUAAUAUUUAAAUUAUAUGUAUAUUUAUGAUCUCAAUUAAAAAUUGUAAUUAAUAAAAUAAAAUUUGAUUUGUAAAUUAAAAAAGCAAUGAAAUUAAACAAAAUUUGAAUUCAAUGAAUUUGUAAUUAUAAUAAAAUUUAAUUUGAAAAUCAUACUAGAUCUCUUAAUAAAAAACCUUCUGCUUUUUUUAAUUUAAUAAUAAAAAACAUUAAAAAUGUGUAAAAAAUAAAUUACAAUAAGAUGAUGCAAUUCCAAAACAAAAAACUAACUGAAACAAAGAACAAUGACCUUUGACCUGAGAAAGAUCAAUUUCAAAUUACAUGUAAAUCAAAUCAGUUGUGUAAAGUUUUUAAAGUUAUGUUUGGAAUAUCACUCAUGUAAAACACAAAAAACUGCGAUAUAAAUGUGUAAAAUGUAGUCAAAAAAUUAGUUUGUAAAAAAUUUAAUAUUUAUAUGUAUAUGAUAAAAAUAAAACGAUAAUAAAUUUA